CAACAUCACACCCUCAAAACUGCAAGCAGUGACUUGACGGCAAAUUCCUCCCAAUACCCAUAGCCGUCCAUACAUUUUCUGUCAGUCAGAUGAGGUGCCCGUCACACCAAGGUCCAAGGGAAACUGAACGGACACACACACACACAUACACACACACACACACGGAGCGAGAGAGAGAGAAGGAGAGAAAGAGAAACACAGACACGGACAAACAUGAGACAGCCAGAGAUGGGCCCGUUCUCGUUUCCAUGUUUCGUGCACACCUGGUUAUGAGGAGUGAGUAACAUGACAGGAUAGACAGGCGAGAUGAUGAGCGCCCCCAUCAUUGCACUAUACAGCGACUCCUGCGCCACCAACCGAGACACGAUGCGCCUGACCUGCACCGGCAGGUAGGGAUGCACUACCAACCCGGUGACAGCGGAGGUGAUGAUCAUCGCCACCACGACGACAAUCGUGAAUAGGGAGAACCGGUUGAAGUCCGCCUCUCCCAGUUCAUUGAAUGAGGCGUACAGGUAGCCUGAGGGGCUGCAGCAGCGGAUGUACCAGAUGUACAGCCAAACCUGGAUCGGCCCCAACACCUGUUGGUUGUGUCACAGAUAAGAAGAGAGAAACAUCGACCUGCCUGUCUCUGGCAUUGAUUUGCCCUCCCACCGACCGACCUCUGUGUAGGCCUUAAUCAGAAAGACGCCUGCCAUUCAUUCGUCCAUCAAAGAAGAGCGGCGUGUCCAGAUGCAGUGUAGUGUGAGCUGGCCGAUCGGUCUGCUUACCAAACGUCGCCAUGACGAACUCACACGCCUUCUCAUCCAUGUCAUACACCGAUAUCUCUUGCCCACUGUGAGUCCGAAACGAACUCGCCACCGAGGCCCUCUUCUGCGCGGUGACCGACGGCCUGCUCGUUUUGGUGGUGGCGGUCCUCCCCUCCCCUGCCAUCACACUCGAUGUGGGUGACGUCAUGGACACUCUCGUGUGCUGUCUGCCGCUGCCGUCUUUCUUGUCCUCCUCAUCAUCGGGUAAGAAUGACACAUAGGACCGGAAUCUCUUCUCCAU